GAGAAUGAAUCUUGUUUAUUCGUAUCACUGAAAUAGUUACUAUAUACGUAUAUAACCGGUUCUACGUGCUUGUUGGGUUGAUUUUAUCUUGGUAUAUUUACUUUCACCUUAAAUCCCUGCGGGGCCGACAAAUUAAUCUCACCCAGGCGGGAAAUUUUUUUAUAUCUCAUUCUCUAGUGCCGUGAAAGAGGCCACUGUACCAUUCUCGUAGCGGGCAUUGCCAAUUCUGUCAGUUUAGAACAGUGAAAGUCAAUAGUCAACAUGGCAGACACCUCGGAACAAACCAACGAACAACAGCCUUGGACACCAACUAAGCAGUCGAAUGGCGUCCGCACUACCGGUCGAGCAUUCAACUCGGCCAACUGGCGGGUAAAGAGCGACGACAGCCCUAGCACAAAUAGCCCCCGGUUCAACCACCAGUCCGGCAGUAACUCUCCUCGCUCCCCCUUCCACAACAAGUCAUGGCAACCGGUACCCCAAUCUAUCACCGAGGGUCGACGGCUCUAUGUUGGCAACAUGCCCUACACGGCCAAGAGGGAGGACGUGGAAUCUAUCUUCGAAGCAGGAGAAUAUUCAAUCGAACGCAUUGAUAUUUCGAUCGAUCCUUUCACAGGCCGCAACCCAUCGUACUGUUUCGUCGAACUAGCCACAAAGGAGCAAGCCGAUCGAGCAAUGGUGGAAUUGGAUGGCAAAGAUCUCCAGGGCCGACCCGUCAGGAUCAAACCUGGUGUUGCAAAGUCAGCUCAGGACCGCUCUUCAUCGACGCGCUCUCCACAAAACUCUCCCUCUCGGCUCAACGAUAACACUGGUUCCCCCUCUACGCUCGUCGAUCGCUGGCAACGCAGAGACACCUCUUCUUCGAACAACACCAAGGGAAAUGACAUUGAGAACAGCCGUCGUCUAUAUGUCGGAGGUCUUCCCAAGAUAAUGGACAAGCAGGCCCUCGACGCUGAUAUUCAAGGGUUUUUCAAAGGAUAUAACCUCGAGGCAAUCUCCAAGCUCAUCACUCCCCAUCCCUCAAAACGCUUCGAGCCCGGUGACCACUACUACCUCUUUGUCGACUUCGCAACCAUCGAAGACGCCGCAGCAGCACAAACCGCCCUCGAUGGCCAGAACGGGCCCUGGGGCGGAAAAUUACGGCUGGGCAGAGCUCGUGGAGAGUCUACAAAGAUGAUUUCGGACAGGCAGAAGUUGGCUUCUCAGAACGAGGUUCCUGAAACCGCGACUGUCUCUGCGUAAUCUCAUAGCGCAUUUAUUUUGAUCUGUCUUCGCAUAUGUUGCAUAAAAUAAUCGCCAACGAAAUAUAAAGGCAUGAAAUUCAGUUUCUCACAAUAUCUCAGUCGUUGUUCCUUUAUAAAAUAAGAAUAGAGAGUGGUGAAGAUAAUCAGACUCGUUAUCAACUCCGUAGUGUAGCUUCCCCGCCACAGCUUAGAGCUCCUUCCUCUGGGUUUGCCCCGCGACCUCAUCAACUACUUUGAGAUAUCGGAUAAACCCUCUUUACACAACGCUCCAUGUCUCCGGAAGAUCAAUAACGAAAAUCUACAGUAAAUGCCCAUCCACGGCCAGCUUCAUU